GGCAACUCAAAGUUUAGUAGCUAACUAGCUAUUCGAUGAGUGGCCCAGACAGAGUUUGGCGAAGCGGAGGCGGAAGUGAGCACGGUCUGCAGUUUUUGCUUAGGGUUGAGCUGUAACUCGGCGUCGGCGUCUGAAGGAGAAAUAACCCAGUAGUAGCGAAAAAGGAGAAACCGGCGAUGGGAAGCGAGUCGAAAUCCAGCGGCAACACCGCUCCAAAUGGCGGUGGAGGAGGAGGGUUCAAGUCGAAGUUAGAACAUGCCAUGUACAGUGGAGACAAGAAGCAUGUAUUGGCUGGGAUAGCUGUCAUAUCUGUCAUCUUCGGCAUCCCGUGGUACCUCAUGAACAGAGGGUCAAAGCAUCAGUCGCAUCAAGAUUACAUGGAUAAGGCUGAUAGAGCACGGAAGGCAAGACUUUCAUCUGGUUCUUCUGCUAGCUAAUCUUAGCAAAACCUCAAAAACCCUUCCGAUGGGUAUAAGCACUUGUUCUUUGCAUAGCACCAUAGUUAAGUCGUUUUGACUGAGACAAAAGCCAGCUAUUAGUCGAGGUUUCUUCACUGUGGCUACUCCGGUUGUUUUCGUUUCAGCUGGCUGUCAGCAGAUCAGGGAAUAAAGCAUACAUUAUUUUGUUUUGGUGUGCUGCUAUCACCACCUGAAAAUGGAGAAAUGGAGAUUCAUGUUUAGGCCACAGUAUAUGUGGACCAUUCUUCUGCAGUGUAACCCUCAGCUGAAAAGUUCCUCUAGGUUCAAAUAACCAGAGUUUAGUCUCGGCCAACAGAAUUGGCUGCUUGCAAUUACUUGUAGCGAUUUUGGAUUUUCGUACGAGAAUGUAUGAUGUACGUGGAACCGACUGUAUGUGACAGAUUCAGAGAAAGUUUGGCUAGGAUGCCCGUGG